AGAAUGAAAAAACCGUGGAGAUCAGAGGAAUUAAUAUUGGAGAAAUGGCUAUGGAGGAGAAUGGCAGAGAGGGCAUAGAAAUCGAAGCCCAACAAAGAACUACGGCAACUCCUUCGGUUGGUUUCAACAAGUACGUCUUGGCAAGUGCUAUGCUGGCUUCCACCAAUUCAAUUCUCUUGGGUUAUGAUAUUGGGGUGAUGAGUGGAGCAGUGUUGUUCAUCAAAGAAAAUCUCAAUAUCACAUCAGUCCAAGUCGAAAUCUUGGUAGGUUCCUUGAACGUGUGCUCCUUGAUCGGUUCUCUGGCAUCCGGCAAGACUUCCGAUUUGAUUGGUCGGCGAUACACCAUCGUCCUCGCAGCUGCCACAUUUCUGGCCGGUGCCAUUCUCAUGGGUUUCGCUCCUUCCUUCCCAUUCUUGUUGGCCGGUAGAGUUGUCGCCGGGAUCGGGGUCGGUUUCUCACUAAUGAUUGCGCCUGUGUACACUGCGGAGCUCUCACCUGCUACGACCAGGGGAUUCCUUACUUCCCUCCCGGAGGUCUUCAUAAACAUCGGAAUCUUACUCGGUUACAUCUCCAAUUACGCUUUCUCUGUCCUCUCAGAAAACAUUAACUGGAGGCUAAUGCUUGGGGUCGCAGCCGUCCCUGCACUUGGGAUUGCCACGGGCGUCAUGGUGAUGCCCGAGUCGCCUCGGUGGCUUGUCAUGCAAGGACAAAUUGAGGAAGCUAAUCGGGUUCUGAUUAGAACAUCCAAAAGUGAAGAAGAAGCCCUUAUGAGACUUGCAGAGAUCACAAAAGAUGCUUCUGCUUCUGAGAAUUUACGAGGGAAAGGUGCGUGGAAGGAGAUGUUCUUUAAGCCUUCCAAACCUAUUCGUCGGAUGCUCAUCGCAGCGAUCGGAAUCAACUUCUUCAUGCAAGCCUCCGGCAACGAUGCAGUCGUUUAUUACUGUCCAGAGGUGUUCAGGGCUGCCGGAAUUCGCAAGAAGAAAGAGUUGGUGGGAGUGACGAUCAUCAUGGGCAUCGCUAAGACUUCUUUUGUUCUGAUUUCGGCUCUUUACUUGGACCGGUUCGGGAGGCGGCCGAUGUUGCUAUUAGGUUCGAUGGGGAUGACAGUAUCACUAGCUGGGCUGGGCCUGGGCUCGAAAUUCCGGGAGGGUUCGGUGAGGAAGCCCUUGUGGGCGAUAGUGUUGUGCGUGGUGGCUGUCUGUGCUGACGUGUCGUUCUUCUCGAUUGGGCUUGGGCCUGUAACAUGGGUCUACUCGUCCGAAAUAUUCCCAACCCGGCUUAGGGCACAAGGGUCUAGCAUGGCGGUCUCAGUGAACCGGAUGAUGAGUGGGGUUGUUUCAAUGACCUUUUUGACGAUCUCGGAGAAAAUAACGUUCGGUGGGACGUUCUUCGUGCUGGCUGGGAUCAUGGGCAUAGGUGUAAUUUUCUUCUCUGUGUUCUUGCCGGAGACCAAAGGCAAGAGUUUGGAAGAGAUGGAGGCCAUCUUUCGGGAUUAG